AUGUUAGCGAUGUUAACUGCCGAUUGGUUUCCUUUGGGUCGAGACAUAUACUUUAGGUAAUAUUUUAGGUUAAGGUUAUCAAAUCGAAACGAAAUUUCUUGUUACAGACAGAAAAACGAGAAGAAAAGAAGGAAACGGUCCCGUUUCCGCAUUUUUAAAAGUUAAUUAUUUUUUAGGAAAUUUGAACUGUAUCCAUUGUCUUUUCAAAAUGAAGUGUCAAAUAAUAACAUGCUAGUCGCUGCUCCUUAUGGAGGUUCCAUUGCAAUCACGAGAAAUCCGAAGAAAUUGGUCAAAGUACAAGGAGUAAAUAAACCUAUAAUAUACUUGUAUACAUCUUCUGGAAAACUAACAGCCAAGUUCCAAUGGAAUGGUGGACAAUUAGUCCUUUUAGGUUGGUCUCAACAAGAAGAAUUACUGUGCAUAGAAGAUGAUGGCAUGAUUCAUAUAUAUGAUAUGUUUGGUACAUAUCAACACGCUUUUAGUAUGGGAAACGAAGUGAAAGAUACCAAGGUUGUGGAAGCAAAAUUUUUUGUCAGUUAUAGUGGAACUGGUAUCGCAGUUCUAACAUCUGUUAAUCGUAUAUUCCUGGUAAAUAAUAUAGUUGAACCAAAAGUUAGACAAAUAUCGGAUAUUCCUAGUAAAUUCAAUAAUCUUGGAUUAAAGGCUGAACUACUUUCUGUUAUUGAUUUUUUAGGAUAUGGCGGGCAAAUCGAAUGCUGGUGUUUAGUCCAUUGUGAUAGAGAAACACGUGUGAUAUUAUCGAACAAAGAUGGAAUAUUUGUGAUACAUCAGUCUCAUCAAGCUGCAACUCAUAUACCAUUUGAUAAUCUUUUUACCAGGCAUAAUAAAGUGUCCAGUGUAAUCGCUAUGGCUGUGUCUGGAAACAAUCGUCAUAUUGCUCUUUAUAUGGAUACUGGUCAUUUAUAUAUGGGUACUAUAGAUUUUAAUGAAAAAUAUUGCGAACAUUAUACAAACAUGAAAGAACCAUUAGAAAACAUAGCAUGGUUAAUAUGUUGA